CAGAUCUCGAAUUUCUAAUUUUUCUAUUUUAGGUCUUUCAAAAAUUGAAUGAGUAAUGAGUACUAGUAUAAAUUAAAAAUUUAAAAUCAAAAGUUAACCAAAACAAACUAAUCCGCGCGGGCUUAUCGCCGUCGACAUCGGUUUCCAGUCGCCGUGCCACCGCUGACCGCCCGCCGCCGUGCCACCGCUGACCGCCCGCCGCCCGGACAAUGAGUAACAGGGAGGUCCACUUGAGGCUCUGCAGCAGCCUAAUCCGCGAUUCACUGCGUCCAUAUGCUGUAAGUUCGACGGAAAACGCUUUUUCGUCCCACCAUUCUUCCCACCAUUCUUGCGCACACGUUUUCUUCAGAGUUUCACUCUCUAAUAGCGCUUUUUAGGAGCUUUUGCCUACUUUCUUUACCGAAAAAAAUGUGAAGGACCUGUUGAUCGCCCUGUCUCGAGUUUGCUCACAAAUCAAGCUGUGGAAGUUGGAGUUCCCAUCCGAUUCUGACUCCGAAACUGAUGUUGCCGGAGGUUCUUCUGGCGUUAUUGACUGUAGUCUUAUCCAUGGCUCGGAUACUGAUAUCCAUCCCUGUUUAUCUAAGGCCAUCAGCGUCUUGAUGGAGUUGCUGGCUAUUGAAAAUUCAUACGUACAACACUUAGUGGGUAACAUUUUGGUGGAAACUUCUAAUUUCUUAGUUGCAUCUGGAAGUAGCUGGGUUGAACUUAACCAAUUUCUUUCUCUCUUGAAUAUGUCAAUCUUUGGCUCUCUUCCAUCAAGUUCUGUUUCACCUGUCAAACUCCACCAUAAAAGUGAAAAUUGGGUAUCAAUAGCUGUCAUCAUUCAUGUUUUAAGAAGGAUAGUGAAGAAUGCAAAACAAGACGCUGAUGAUCAUUUUUUGAAGUUGUGCAUGGAGGCCACAAACUCUUUAAUAUCAAAUGUGCCAUGGGAUUUGUUACAUGAGGUUUUUGUCUGCCAAAAAAGCAAGUCUUUGGGAGACCUCAAUGCUGAUGGUUUGUUUCAAUUUCAAGAUGCAAAACCAAAACCAGCAAUUUUGUUUCUUGGAAGUUUCAUUCAGUUGUUGUGUUCAUUGGCUGAUAUGAUAAGUCUUCCACUAGAAGCCGUUUCUGAUGAUUUGCAUAAGCACACAAUUAUUAGUGAGAUGAGAAGCAUCCUUCCUAGGCUCCUGAAUUUGUGCUAUGGGAAUUUUCAGGACUUUGGAAGUAUUUAUAUCUCUAAAUAUUACAAGCACAAGUUUCUGAUACUAAUGAUCAGGCUCAGUUCUGGAGUCCAGUUGGAUGGUUCUGUUCUUCUUUCAUGGCUGAAUCUCAUCCACCUUUACUUUCAAGAUCUCUUAUGCCUACCAAUAGCAGGAGUGGAGUCUGAUUUAGAUAAAUGUCUUGAUGGCUCACCAUUUCGGGAAAAUACUUCUGAUGCAGAAAAAGAAAACAUGUCAUCCAGACAUUUGCAAAGGCUGGCUAUUUUUCUUUUUCUAAGAUGUUCCUUUCGCAUGAUCAAUAUGGAGGGAAGUGGACAAAACCAUGCAUCUACUGGCCACGAUUGUCACUCUGCUGUUAGUCUGAAAUCAGAUAUAAGCAAAGGUUUGAAAGAGAUUCAUGAGUGGCUCCAACUUGUUUCUAAAGAUGAUGCUUUUUUGAACCACAAGAAAUGUGCUGAAUCUAUUUUAAGCUUUCAGUUGUGCUUCCUUCAGCUUUACAUGCAUGAGGAUGAUAUUUUGUUUCAGAUGCUCCUGCAACUGCUUUGUAUUUCUCCUUUCUCUGAGGAAUGGUUUGUUAAAGAAGGAAUGCCAUCAGCAGAUGUUAAAAGGGCUUCCAUUGUUUCAGACCUUUUCAACCCUGUAUAUUUAUUUCACCAUUUUCUAGCAGAGAUUCGCUAUGAUCAUCAAGUGCUUCUGGAUUAUCUCAUCUCAAAAGAUACAGGAGCUAGUUCGGCUGAAUAUCUCUUAAGGUGCUUGCGCAUGGUAUUUCAGUCUUGGAGCUUAUUUCAAACCUUCCCAUGGAGCUCAAAAAAAGAAAUUCAAUUAUGUCAAAAGAGAAGAAAAACAUCUGUAGAUCGUCUGAGUUUUUCAGGAGAGUUGUCCACAUCAGUGACAGAUGGGAUUUGUUUGCCAUAUGAACAAGAUCACCAGAGGGGAGGAAAACAUUAUAGUGUCGUUGCCAACAGAACAGAGAGAGUUUCUUUUGAGUGUGCUAGUAAUUGUUUAUUGGAACUGAAAGCAUCUAUUGAAAGCCUUCAUCAAAAGAAUCUUUUUCCAUAUAACCCACAAGUGUUGCUACAGCGAUUGUCAAGAUUUCAGGAGCUCUACCAAAAG